ACGUCGCGCGAACCGGUCGGCCCCACUUUGCCUUGAUAACGGUCUCAGUCAGUACCAAGAGCUCGUGGUACACACACGCACCAUGUCCGAGGCCGAAGCGACCAGUUUCUUGGACGAACUAACCAGCCCCAUCAAUCUAGUCUUAUUAGCCUUUAUAGUGUACCUUAUAUACAAAAUAAUACAGUCCAAGUUCGAAUCAGAUGUCGUGGUAGCCCCACCGCCGCCGCCGCUUCCCAAAAUUCGGAAGGACCUCACAGUUGCCGAACUCAAACAAUAUGAUGGAACCCAACCCGAUGGUAGGGUUUUGUUAGCUGUGAAUGGUGUCAUUUUCGAUGUCACCAGAGGAAAGAGAUUUUACGGACCCGGAGGUCCAUACUCCGCAUUUGCAGGGAGGGAUGCGACCAGGGGUCUAGCGACUGGUCAAGUUGCAGCCAGCGACAAAGAAUGGGACGACACCAGUGACCUCACCCCUGAUGAAGUGGCUUCAGCUAAAGAAUGGGAAGAGCAGUUUAGGGAAAAAUAUGAUAUCGUGGGUGAACUACUGAAGCCAGGGCAACAACCAAAGAAUUACGACAACGAAACCGAAGAGAAGAAGGAACUGUAGAUAUAUUGUUGAUAUUUUUCUAAGUUUUAAGUUUUUUAAUUAACUGAAACAAUUUUAGUUGUGUACUAAAAAAAAAUCAAGUUAACAACUUUUAUAACAUAAUAUCGUUAAUCAGUAACAAAUAUACGUACAUAAAGAUCUCUUUACCAUUUAAUUUUGUGAUAUUCAGUACACUAUCAAAACCAAGUAAAUACUAACUGUACCUACAAAUUUACUAAACUGGUUCAUAACUAAAAUAGUUUCAGUUUCUUUGAACUAAUGGGUGUUAUUGAUUUACUAAAUAAAUAUUUUUUUAUGAAUAA